CUUCUAUACUCUUCCCAGACUGGAAGCAAGCACAGCCGGCAACAACCAGAAGCAAACGCCAAUCCUUCAAAAUCCCUCCCCCAAAAAAUGAGCCUCUUACUAAGAAAAACAAUCAAAUCAAACUCCAGUCUCCAAUCUUUCAAGCCGAACAAUGCCCUCUCUUUAUUCCUGCGCCAAUCCACAAAGCAUUUCUCCACCGAGACUCAACCACCACCGCCACCACAAGAGAAUAAUGAUCCAUCCUCAAUCGAUCCAUUUCUUCAAGAUUCAGCUACCAGUUUGACGUAUGCAAGAUUUCAUGGUGUAAGGAAGCAUACAUUGAAGACAGACAUUAUUAAUUUAUUUGAAGGCUCUAAUUUGACACCUGAUGAUAUUAUAGUCGUUCACCACCGCUUCAAUAAUAAUCCCUAUGCUGCAGCGAUAAAAUUUCCUUCUAGAAGAGCAUAUGAUAAUGCUCAGAGGUCACUCACGCGGGCGGGCCGUAUAUACAAUUUGGAAAAGACUCCGCCUACUGUGUGGGAUGCCGCACUUCGAAAUUCUUAUGAUGGAAAAACUGUUUUACUGGAAGGACUCCCUCCAAAUGCACUUAACGAAGAUAUAGAGCGCUUCCUGUCUGGCUGUAAAUUUGUUCCAUCCUCAAUCAGGACGUUUGUAAAGUAUCCAGAUCCCGUUAUGUCUGCAGGAAGAAAGAAUCCCACCACUUCUGCAGGAAAACAAGAUGGCACUACCUCUGAAGAAAAAAGAGAUCCCAUUAGAAUGGCUACCGUACUCUUUUCUACACGGACUGAGGCGAUGAAUGCCUUAAUUAAAAAGAAUCGAGGCUUCUGUCUCAAUAAUCAAAUCUCAGUGCGGGUUCUCCAUUAAAGGAUUUUUGCACUAUUUGGCCACCUUGUUUCACUUCAAGAUUGAAAGUAGAGAUGGAUAUGUGGUAAUAGGUACGCUCGCCGUGCCUGAAACACAGCAUAAUUUACUAAGAACAUAAAGGACGUCAUGUUUUUUUGGAAGCAUUGAAUAUUUUUGACGUUUCAAUUAUCAUGAAGGAAUACAAGCUGGCAGCUACUGCAAUUUCUCCUUUU